AUUCCAGCUAUGAUAUCUAUGGUCUGUCUGGAAAGCCCGCGAAAUAAAACAUAAAUUCAUCAAUAAUAGCUAGCGAUAGGUGAGAGGGCGUGUGAGCUCGCCUACGUUAUAUAGCUAGCUAUAUUUUUUUUCCAGGAUUUGCAAAUAAUCAUCGAAAGAAAUGGGCGAUGAAUUUUCGCAUAGCCAGAGGCUAAAAGCUGCGAUACACUUCACUGUGGCCAGAAUUUGUGAAGAAGUUGGACAGGAUUGUGAGAAAACGUUCAGUAAACUGGCUAUCGCUGCAAUCAGUGAAACGACAUUUAAGCAGUGUGAUAUUUUUGCAAGAGAUUUGGAAGCCUUUGCCAGGCAUGCAAAGCGAACUACGGUCACUGUGGAAGAUGUGAAGCUGACAGCUCGCCGAAGCGCAUCAUUGGCCAACUAUAUUUCACAAAAAAGCGAAGAGCUGACCUCCAUUACCAAGGAGCAGAAGGAGAGGAGGAAGAAACAGACGGGGAAGCGGACGAGCGGGGACAGCCUGCCGGAGGCUGCGGUGGUGGGACCCGACUCCAGCAUGGCUGACAAUCAGCUUGUUUAAACGUGCUGUGUGGUCUAAAAGAUGGAUUCCACUACCCGACUGGCCUGGGGUGUAUCUGUCAGACACAAUGGUGCAGUUUACUUAAAUUGUGUACAGUGUACAUGUGAUUUAUUAAUUGUUAAGAAUGAAAAGCUUUAUCCAUUUAGCAGUGAAAGAUGGGUACUGUGGGUGGUAUUCCUUAGGAGGCUGACAGCUGUUUCUGCAUACAGCUGAAAGAGAAGCUGUCAGGACUGUUGGCCAGGUAUUAUUGUAAAUUAAUUUUUUGGGAAUAAAACGUUUUGUGCCUACUUUUA